AUGAAUCCAACAACUACCCUUACUGCCUCCGGCCCCCUCCAACGAAUCGGUUUCGGCAACUGCGGUUCCGUUUGGGCCACACUCACAAGCCAAACCGGCCAGCACAUCGUUAUCAAGCGAGAGGACGCAAGUCCAGGCAGAGACAUCAAGAACGAAGUCUCUGUCCAGUCUCAAGUAUACUCAUGCGCAGGAACCCUGAAAAGGACCUCCGUUCCAGAGUGUUUCGAGCUCAUGGACGCCGCAGAUGAAAGGUGGCAGCAGCUCUUGCCCCUUCUUCCCGAUGGCUUUCAACCAUGCAGAGCCAUGAUCGCCGAGAAGAUCAAGCCAGUGUCACUACAGGCACAGCUUCUCCUCGUCGAUACAUAUGUCCCCGAGGCGCACCGCGAGGAACUCAGGAAACCACUGCACUCUGGAGAAGGUGCACACUGCUUAGUUCGCAUCUAUCUCGGUCGACGACGGCAGAUAACUCCAAAUCAACAGCGCCGACGCCACUUCUUCAGUCUCCGCAACUUUCUGAUACAUGUCGACCAGGCCGAAGAGCUGGGCCUCCCCUGCGAAGAGUACGCGAAAGCCAUGGGCGAGGCAUUCGCGACACUGAACUGGCUGGUCAGAACGAACGGCAACGACGUCGAAUUUGUCCUUGGCGCGAGCAGAAAUGAGGAUGAAGGUGCGGCAAAGCCUCUUGCAAAUCAUGCCAUGUGGAUGCUCGAUUAUGACUGCUCGAGAGCCGUGGAGGCGAAUGACGAGGGGUUAGAGUCGAUUGCGCGGUCGUUUUGGCGGAAUGAUCCCUUUUAUCCGCGACCGGGUGCUGAGUGUGCGCGAGAUAGAAUGCUUUGGGAUGUUUUUGCAGCUGAGUAUAGAAGGGUGGGCGUGGACAUUGUUCGGGAGAAUGCUCGUGAGGGAGAGGAUGUGGAUGUUUUGUGUGAGUUGGUUGAGGGUGCGUUGGAGAGGAUUGUGGAAACGAAGGGGAAGUGGACUAGCGGAGCGCAUUUUUAA